UCUGCGCCGGCGCGCUGCGGUGGGACGCUGCUGCUCCUCUCGGAGGAAGGAGGUCAACCAUGGCCGCCUCCAUGAUCUGCGGCCGGGCAGCGCUGGCAGCUGCCAAGCGGCUGAGGGACGGCAGCGGGGGCCGCCACGUCGCCUUGAGCACCGCUGCCAAGGUACUCGGUGGAAGUACGGGCUUCUUGAAUACCCAUGGGCUUCAAGUACAGCAGCAAAGAAACUUGUCUCUGCACGAGUACCUGAGCAUGGGACUCCUGAAGGAAGCUGGCAUUGCUGUUCCGCAUGGAUUAGUUGCCAAGACGCCAGAGGAAGCUUACAACAUUGCAAAAGAAAUAGGAACAAAGGACCUUGUUGUGAAGGCACAAGUAUUAGCUGGUGGCAGAGGGAAAGGAACAUUUGAAGGUGGCCUGAAAGGAGGAGUGAAAAUAGUCUUUUCUCCAGAAGAAGCAAAAGAUAUUUCCUCCAAAAUGAUUGGCAAAAAACUGUACACAAAGCAGACUGGAGAAAAAGGCAGGCUAUGCAAUCAAGUAUUUAUUUGUGAGCGAAGAUACCCGAGGAGGGAAUACUAUUUUGCUAUAACAAUGGAAAGAUCAUUUCAGGGCCCGGUGCUCAUUGGCAGUUCUCAAGGUGGUGUCAAUAUUGAAGAUGUUGCUGCUGAGAACCCUGACGCAAUCGUUAAGGAACCUGUUGACAUUGUGGAAGGCAUCAAGAAGGAGCAAGCUGUCAAGGUGGCUGAAAAAAUGGGAUUUCCUGCGAACUUAAUAGACGAAGCGGCUGAAAACAUGAUUAAGAUAUAUAACCUGUUUAUUAAAUUUGAUGCCACUAUGGUAGAAAUUAACCCCAUGGUCGAAGAUUCAACAGGAAUUGUGAUGUGUAUGGACGCAAAGAUAAAUUUUGAUAGCAAUUCGGCUUAUCGUCAGCAGAAAAUCUUCGGCUUGCAGGACUGGACCCAGGAGGACGUGAGAGACAGGGAUGCGGCCAAGGCGGAUCUCAACUACAUCGGGUUGGACGGCAACAUCGGCUGUCUGGUGAAUGGGGCUGGUCUGGCAAUGGCCACAAUGGAUAUAAUUAAGCUCCAUGGAGGCACUCCAGCAAAUUUCCUUGAUGUUGGAGGCGGUGCUACAGCACAGCAAGUGACAGAGGCCUUUAGACUUAUCAAUUCUGAUAAAAAGGUACAAGCUAUUCUAGUAAAUAUUUUUGGAGGGAUUAUGCGAUGUGAUGUGAUUGCGCAAGGUAUAAUUGUGGCGGUGAAAGAUUUGGAGCUAAGAAUACCUAUUGUUGUACGGUUACAAGGUACCCGAGUGGAUGAUGCCAAAGCUUUAAUAACAGACAGCGGUCUAAAAAUCCUGGCCUGUGAUGAUUUGGACGAAGCUGCUAAAAUGGUUGUGAAACUCUCCGAAAUAGUAACCUUAGCGAAACAAGCUCAGGUGGAUGUUAAGUUCCAGUUGCCGAUUUGAUGGAGCGGACUGGAGUUCUCCGAUACUGUUCUGUUCUCUUUUCCCUCCCCCUUCCCUUUAUAUAUGUGUGUCUGUGUGGAGGUUUUAAUUACUUGACAUUUUCUGGUCCUUACCUUAUUCAAAAUGCUUACCAUUCGUAUAAUAAAACUAUUGCAUUGGUAAGAUCUGCUCUUAAUCGCCUGCCUCUCCAGUUCACAGCUACAGAAACAGUUACUCUCCAGAUGCUUGUUUAUUGUCCGAAGGAGCUUGAAGCUGAAAAUGUAUUUCUUCCCAAAUAAAAAUCUGAAGUCCAAAGGAUUUUUUUAUUUGUCCCAGUAAUGGCUAGAUUUGCUAGCGCCUCUAUAGAGCAGCCCACAGUUUGGUGUUCACGGGCUAUUUGAAAACUGUUCAUGAACCUUAAAGAAUACUACUGAUUUAGUAGUGGAGGAAUGUAUUGAAACGGCAUUGUAUAUUGAAAAUAUUUAUGUUCUGCAGUACAAUGAAGUUGAGCACGUCACUUGCUAUUUAUGAACAAUGUAUGUCUUUGCUCCUUGGGUUGGAUCCAAGACUGUGUUGUGUGACCAGAAGGUCCUUCUGAAGAGCGGCUUUUCAGGGGAUGGAAGAAGCAGCAAAAACUCUGUUCUACGAGCUGAGUGGUUCUGUCUGUCCUUUGGAUCCACCCCCAAACGUUUUGGAAGCAAAAAUGAUUUGAGCAGUGAAAUUGAAUCACUACAAAACGUACUGUAGCACUUACGUCUUCAUGAUUUCUGGUACAUUUAAAAGUACUAGUAUGUAGUUUUGUACAUGAACAAAGAAAGCUUAUUUCUUUAGUGCUGGAGCAGAUGUACUAAACCUCUUCUUAAAGCAGUUAAUAAAAUGUCUUUAAAAAAUCA